AUGGCCUUCAUCGAGCGGUCGCCGGCCGACCCCGGAGCGAGCUCCUGGGGCGCGCUCCUCACCGGCUGCGCCAUCUACGGCAACCUGGACCUCGCGGAGUCCGCGGCGAGGCACCUCUUCAAGCUCGAGCCGCACAACUCGGCCAACUACCUGGCGAUGAUGAGCCUGUACGAGCAGCACCAGAUGUUCGACGAGGCGGAGAGCCUCAAGUACGCCAUGAAGGCGAGAGGGGUGGACGCCAGGCCGGGGUGGAGCUGGACGCAGGUCGGGCGGAGCGUCCACGUCUUCGAGGUCGACGGCGGGUCGCCGCCGUACCCGGAGACGCCGGAGAUAUACGGCGAGAUGAGCCGGCUGGUGUCGCAGAUCAGGAUGGUGGGGUACGUGCCGGACAACGGCUGCGCGGCGCCUACGUCCUCCCCGAGGAGGAGAAGGGGGGGUAAUUGCAAAAUGUGCUGCGCUGACCGGCUCUGCUGA